AUGCCAAAAGUUCAUCCACUUGCACAUCAAUUAUCAGAGCAACACUUUUCCUCUUCUCAGCAGUCGAUGGCUGAUACUCCUAAAAGCAAUCUUAAAAAGCAACGUUCAAGGGCAUUGCCAGAUAUUGUCUACAAUACGAAUGAUGAAUUUGGUACUCAUCAUCAAGAACCUCCAUCUCGUUCCAAAAUUUCUAUCAAGACAUGUUUGAUAUUGUUGGUUGCUUUCUUAGAAAUAUUAACAGUGCUGGUAUUGUCAAGUGUGUGGAUAUCUUGUUUUCUUCCAUACAUGCUCAAGUGGGGUUCAUCAGUGAGAGAGAAGGGUUUUGAUAAUAUUGUGCAAUUUACACAUUCCACACUUAAAGAACUCAUGCUUGUUGUCGAAACGGAGAAGGAAAUAUUAUCAGAUGGGUUCGAUCCUUAUGAUACCGCUCUCGUAGAGAAGCACAUGUUCAAACUUUUUAAGAAUGAAAUUAAGCGACAUCCCUCUCUUCCUCUCACACUUUUUAUUGGUGAUCACACUAGAUAUAAUUUUGGUGUGUUUCAGCUUAAUGAAACCAUGAUUGUCUCUUUCCUCGAAGACUCCUAUUGGUACUGUUCCGAUUAUGAGCUUUACGAUCAUUGUGAGAGAAAUCAUUCAGCUCCAUUUGAUGUAGUGCUGGAUCCUAUUGAUAUGAAUGAUAUAUGGGACACUGCUAGAGCAGCUCCAAACGGAACUAGAUUUACAAUGAGUUAUGCUGACAUCACAUUACCUAGCAUUACUUUUAUCACUCUCUUGUCAAUGGUGAAAAAUACAUCUGACCCUUCUGAUUACGCCUUUUGGAUUGGGUAUGAUGUUUCAGUAGAAUCAUUUUCAAAAUACCUAUCCCUAGCAACACGAGAGAUUGAUGGAGCUAUUGCCUUUACUAUUGAAGUGAGCACUAAUUACUUGAUAUCUAAUUAUGAUCCAGAAGUUUCUGUAGCUGUUUGGGAUGAACAACAACAAGAAACCAGACUUACAGCAAUCACAGUCCGUGAUAAGGGAACUAAUCUUAUUGGAAAGAGUUUAUACUCUUUAUAUCCAGACUUGCAAGUAAUUGAAAGAAACAAAAUGAUUAUGUUAGAAGUUGAGGGUUACUACCUCUCAAUGUAUCGGCUAUGUACCGAAGAAAAUGUGGAUUGGCUGCUUGUCUUUGCUGAACCAACAUCAAACUAUUUAACAACAAUUUUCAUGGCUGUAGGAAUUGCUCUUGGUAUAAGUCUUUUGAUUAUCAUUAUUAGUAUAAUCUUCGGUGUUUAUAUUUCAUUUAAAAUUAUUCAACCAUUCUAUGAGUUGAUUUUCAAUUUUAGUGAAGUUUCUGAAAUGAAAUUGGAAGGAUUAGAAUUUAGAAAUUCAUUGUUCAGAGAAGUUGUCAUUCUUCAAGGACACUUUAAGGGGAUGGUUGACAGGAUUAAGCUUUAUAGAUGCUUUAUUCCAAGUCACUUGAUUUCAAAGAUUGAUGGAGGUGAAGAAGUUGAUAAAAGUAGAAGAUCAAAAGAUUCCCAACCUCAAUCUAAAAGUGCUUACUCUAUUGCAAAACUAGUUAAGGAAGACGCUUCUAGCAGUUUUUCAAGCAUUGGAAGUACUACGAAAAAACAAUCUCAAACUCAACAACCAAUUGAUAUUUUAGCAAGAUUUGCCCUUCAUUUGGAUAAAAGAAAAGUUGGUUUUGCUUGUUUACAUAUUGAAGGAAUGAGCGCAUGUAUUGCCAACAAUUCUUACUCUGAAACUGUAACUGUUUUAAGUGAAAUUUUCAAAUAUGUAUAUGAUAUGAGUAAGAUACAUGGAGGUUCUGUUGGUAAUUUUGAUAAUGAGACUAUCACUAUUUCAUUCAAUUCUAAUAUUGACACAGCAGCCCCAGAAAAGAAAUCUAUAACAUUUGCUUAUGCUAUUGUUAGAAAGCUUAAUGGUUUAUUACCAUUAAAGAAGGCCAUUAAUCCAGAAGCGACCGAUAAGGCACAAACUUUUAGAGUUGCAGUUCUCUCCCAAGCUGUUUGUUGUGGUAACUUGGGUACUAAUGAUUUUAAGAAUUUUACAAUUGUUGGUAGCUUCCAAAGAAAUAUACUUUCCAUGUUGGAUCUUGCUGUUAAUUUGAACAUUGAAAUUGUAGUCUCUGAAGAAAUUAAGGCAAAAACUCAUAAUUUCUAUCAACACAGAUUUAUCGAUACACUUAAUUUCUUAACGGAACAACAAUAUGGAAUUCCUGAGCUAGACAAGUCGCUUAACAAGAAUUGGGCAUUCUUAAAGUCACCAGAGUAUGGUAACAACAUUCCAGAAAGUUAUACUCCUUUGUCCUCAAAGCAAAUUACUGAAGUGAAUGUUUAUGAAUUUGGAGAUUUUAUGGAAGUUAAAGAAGAUGAAUGGAUGUAUGAAUUGGAGGAAAAGAAGAAGAGAAAUCUUUGGCAAUCCUAUGGAGCUGCUUGUAAUUUAUUCUUUGACAAGAAAUAUGAAGAAGCAUGUGGAUUGUUGAAUGAAUUCUUGGAUAGAACAAUUCAAAAUGGAAAGGCAGAUUUACCAACCAUUAAUCUAUUAGAAAAGCUAAAGAAAUUACAAGAAAGAGAAAAACUAGAGCAAUUGUAA